AUGAACAUUUGCAGGGGUUGCAUUGCCGUAGCAACUGCCAUUCUAUGUGCCUCUGAGUGCGUGUCCUUGGCCAUGACAAAGGCGGUGAGGCGACAAAGUCGACGAAGUGCAGCUGCUUUGAAACUUCAUCUCUAUGACCAUUGUCCCUACUGUACUCGGGUUGAACUCGUUUUGGGUUGGCAUGGCCGGUCCUAUGAGCGUGCGGUCUAUGGAUAUGCAGAUGUCCAAGGGCCCAUGGCCUUGACUGGUAAGAAGGUGCUGCCGGUGAUCACCUGGCGAGAUGAAGAAAAUAUGGAGCACACCAUGGGUGAGUCCCUGGAUAUCAUUGAGGCCGUGGAAGCAGCUGCAGACCAGCGGCUUGUCGGCCGCAGGACAGGGCGAAAAGACUUGAAGGCAUGGCAGUCGCGCUUGCGCCGGGUCAUGCAUGGCCUAACCCGACCGAGGCUGUUGCAGAUGCCAAUUGCAGAUUUUGCCACUGAGGAAGAUCGACGCUACCAGAUGCGAAAAUAUAUGGCAAAAGGCUUUGACUACAAACAAUCUCUAGCCAGUACGAAUGACUUGGUGCCUCGUGUGGACAGCUUACUUCGAGACUUUCCGGGUCUCAUACGUGGAGAGAAGACUUUGAAUCCUGGAGGCUCCAUUGGCAAUCUUCUGGGUGUUGCCUGGUGUUCCAGGUUCUUGACGGACUUGUGUAGAUCACGGGCCCAUGGAUUUGAGAUUGCGAGUCGCGGCCCGGAAGUGAGUCGGCUCAUUUCGGGACGCGGCACCCCCCACGUCGCAGCGACGGUGUCCCAUUUCCGGUUGCUGAGUUUGCACAUGACUCCACGAGGUCGGUGUAGCCGCAGCCUUUUGCUGUUCUUGCUCGCUGCAGCGCUUCAUCAGGUCUUUGACUGGUGCUUCACAUCUGGCAGAGGCCUGUCUGGCCGAAGACCUAAUGUUGCAAGGUCAGUGGGUGACUUGGGCACUCCGCCGCCCAAUAUUCCAGGGCUGGAGCCUUCCCAGCUGUCUUUGGGAACAGCCUUUGCACUUUUCGUAGUGGCAAUUCCAGGUGUGAUUGGCACCAUCCAGAGGUCAGCACAGCCAAAGUUUGUAGAGAAGUCAUACGUCAUGCCUGGAACAGCUGCUGGCGGUCUAGAGAUGCGCUCCAUUGCUGGAGGAAUCGUAGCCUACUUCACAGGCAACAACUACAUGAUGGAGGAGUCACCACAGCAGGGCCGAAUUCGCUUUGUGGGCCAAUUGCAGGGAAGCGUGGGUCAGGCUGCGUUCCUGACUGCAUGCCUGGCAGGAGCAAUCUUUGGUGUAGCUUUGCUGCUGGUGCAAAUCUUCCCAGAUGGCCCGUUUGGCGUGGGUCCGGACUGGUGGUUUCUGCCAAUCAUCAUCAGCCCCUCUGCUGGGGUCUACUACUGGCAACGCGCCUUCAGGAAGGACAUUGUGGAGCUUCAACUGGGCAUGUCCGAUGACUUCAUGGAAACCACCUUGCUGGUUCUGGGCAGCCUGGACACGAUUGAAGAGCUCCAGAACGGGGUCCGAUUUCAGUGCAUUGCUUAG